UUAAUGUACCAUUACAGUUGCCCAGUGUGAGUCAGGAGACUCUGAAACAUAGUGGGAUUGGACGUUGUGUGAUGUACUUGUAUAAGCAUCCAAAGGAGAACAGGAGCAACAAGGAACUGGCUGGAAAGCUUAUCAAUGAGUGGUCAAGACCAAUCUUUGGCCUGACAUCAAAUUACAAAGGUAUGACCCGGGAGGAACGAGAGCAAAGAGACCUUGACCAGAUGCCAAUGCGGCGGCGCCUGAGCAGAGACCCUAGGGAUGAAGACAGCGACGAUAAUGCAGCUGAUGUCAUCUCUUCAGAUCAAGGACGCGACUACAGUUCUGGUGGGCAGACUCCUCGCCGAGACCUGGAGAAAGUGUUAACAGGAGAGGAAAAAGCACUAAGACCUGGUGACCCAGGAUUCUGUGCACGAGCCAGAGUGCCAUUACCAUCAAACCGUGAUUAUGUUGUUAGACCAAAGUGGAAUGUGGAGAUUGAGGCGAGCAGGGGAUCAGUUAAGAAGACAUUGAAUCGUCUUGACAAACAAAUGCGUCGAUUUCAAGAUAUCAAGAAAAUGACCAAGUCAUCGAGGGCAGUAAAGAUCAGCAUCGAAGGCAAUCGCAUGCCACUGUGAUCAUCAUUUAUCAAUAACUCUACUUGGAGCUGGUGAAUGUAGUGCAACCAUGUACAUACAAGAUUGUGUACUUCCAUCCAUCCGGCCCAGUGGAAUCAAUAUACCUCCUCUGUUCUCUUCUGUAUUCAGGCAUUUUUAACAGUGGUUUGUUGAAGUCUUGGAAUGUUGAACUACAGCUAGCUGUAGCAUCCGAGCCCCGGAUAACGUCACCUGUCCUGACUACAGUACAUUUGGUGAGCCCACUCUACAGAUCAAACAGAUGAGUUUUACUUAUCUGCGGACUGCAUGUAUAGAGGUUGGAUAGAUAUUUUAUUUCUAAGCAAACUGGUGUCCAGUGUUGGAGGAAGAUGACCAUCUGGCAUUGAACCAAGUUGCUGCCCAAUUAAUGGAGUAGGGUGGGGGGAGCGCAGAAGAAAAUGACUUAUAUUAAAUAUAGACGUGUGCUCUGUUUGGAUGUAUUGUUUGAAAUGUCUGUGGUCUCUGCCAGAUCAGCACACCUAUCGCAUUGUUAUGGUUGUUAAGCCUUUCAGUAAACUCUCAUUAACUGGAUGAGUCUGUAGGUGGAUGUCUUGGUUAAAGGCUGGGCUGCUCAUGUUGAUCAGACAAAUUGUAAUGAAAUGCAAUGUGAUUGUAGGCACAUGCCACAUUUUUUUAAAAACAAUAAACCCCUCUUUGUGAAGGUU